AUGGGGCUGUGGGGAGCGGUCAGUUUUGUUUGCGGUAAUAUCAUCGGAUCCGGCCUUUUUAUCACACCCACAGCCAUUCUUCAAUACACAAACUCGGUGGGACUCUCGUUAUUAAUAUGGUUCCUAAGUGCAUUGAUCUCCAUGCUGGGCGCGUAUUGUUAUAUUGAGCUGGGGACGAGUAUUCGACAUUCUGGAGCCGAUUUUGCCUAUUUGUGCUAUGUUGGGUGGUAAGUGCGAGAGAAUAAUUUUUUGUAUUUAAUGACGUUUUUUAUGAUGAAUGUCCGAAAAAAUAUCAGACUUCAGCUGAUUGCCAGAUCUAAAUUAUCUCAAAAUUUUGUAAGCAAUUUCUAGCAUACAGUGACGGACCUGAUCCAGUGGCAAAGAACGUGCCAUUUUGCAUCCGGGAAGUAUCAAAAAAUGUGGCAAAAUGCCUCCCUCUUCAAGUGAAAAAAGCCCGUUUAGAAGGGCGCGCCCUUUCCCUCACAAAAAGAGCAGGCGCACGUCAAACUGAGAUAAGCUAAAACAGUCCGGUGAAUGGAUUGGCAAUUUGCCAAAAAAAGGCGCGAAAAAACGUUUUGUCGGGGAAGAAAUGGGGAAUUUUUGGGGCGAGAGAGUACGCUUUUGCGUGUAUUUUUUUCUCUCUUUCUCUGCGAAAUCAAGACGAAGUGUAAAAAACAGACAUCGAAGAGUCUAUUCCGGUCACCGAACUCCUCAGUUUGACGUGAGGCGGGCUUUUGAAAUCGAAAUUUUUUCACUUGGAGAAGGAGGUGUUUUACCAUAUUUUUUGAAACGUCCUGAGUGCAAAAUGGUACGUUUUUUGCCACUGGAUCAACUCCGCCGCUGUACCAGUUUCUGAAAAUUUCAACUUGCCCUUCGCAAGGACGGCUGAGAUAUUCGACUUGUAGACAAAGCUGUGAAAAAUGGAACAGCUAAAAAGCAGAUAAAUCCAAGAUUUUUAUUGGAUUCGCUUAAUUCUCGGCGUUUUCAGGAACAACAGAUUAUUAUACUCAGAGAUGCGGGCAACAUACAAAUUUUCUUCUGGCCGCUUUUUGCACUUACCGUGUUUUUUUGUCGACAAAGGUAGUUGAAUAUCUCGGCUGCCUCUGAAAAGCGCGAGCAGAAGUUUUCAGGACUUCCUAAAUGGCGUAAAACGUUUGAAAAACUCAAAGCAAAUCAUUUCCCAGGCAGUUGCCUAAUUGAACAAUGGUUAUAAGCCACUCAUUUUGGUCUUCCCACAAAAUUUUCAAGCUUUGAAAAUUCUUUUUUCAGGUUCCCAGUGGCCUUCUCGUUUUUGUCGACCGGAUGUUUGAUGACAUUCCCGGCUGUGGUUGCCGUGGAAGCCCUCACUUUCAGCGAAUACCUCUUUGAAGGGCUUUACAUCAACUUAGAAUCGGCAUUUUCCCAACACAUGGCCAAAACUUUGGCCAGUUUUAGUAUUGUUUGUAAGUUUAUUUCAAAAUCAGUGAUUUCCACUGAAUUUUGAGAGUACUGUAAAUUUUUACGACCGAUUUUUCAGGGCUAAUCUGCUUCCUCAACUUUUUCUCCCUUCGAACUUUUGUGUCGCGCUUUCAAAUCCUAGCGACAGGCGCGAAAAUCUUGGCAACGAUGACGAUUAUUCUCGUUGGAGCUUAUAAAUUGAUCAUCCAAGGGCACACCGAGCAUCUUCAGGAUCCAUUUGCGAAUUCAACAUAUGAGCCAUCGAUGAUUGUUACGGCUUUUUUUCAAGGCCUCUUUUCGUACGACGGUUGGGAUGUGUUGAAUUUUGGUGUGGAGGAAAUUGGUAAUCCUACAAGGUAAGAGAGUACAAGAUAAUGUUUACCAGGUACGCAAGGAGUCUCUGUAGAAAGAACUAACGUACCAAGAAUUUUUAUCAGUCUGUCGGGAAAAUAAUGUGAAUUAAUCGCAGCAAAAUGUCUUGCCUCGUCGCAGCCGCGCGCCGAAUAAAAAUUUCCGGCCGCGGCUAACUUCGCAAAGUGUUGAUGGGCGAUUCCAAGGCACGACAAGUUCAGAUUAUUUCCCCGAUAAGCUGGUACAGUAACGGACUUGAACCAGGCGCGAAAAACGUACCAUUUUGCAUCCGGGAAGUAUCGAAAAAUGUGGCAAAAUGACUCCCUCUCCAAGUGAAAAAAGCUCCGAUUUCAAAAGCACGUCCGUUCUUUUUGUGAGGGAAAGAGCGCGCCCUUCAAAACGUCGUUGUUUUAGUUGUAGAGGGAGGCAUUCUGCUAACAAAAAAAGUGAUUUUUUUGUAGGAAAACUCCAGCAGAAAGAGAAAAAAUGUCGAGUUUUGGACUAUUUCGGACAUAAAAACCUCGGUCGCUUCUGCAAAACAAGGAUAGAAAUCUCGCACGUAUUACAGUGACGGACUUGAUCCAGUGGCAAAAACGUACCAUUUUGCAUCCGGUAAGUAUCGAAAAAUGUGGCAAAAUGACUCCCUCUCCAAGUGAAAAAAGCUCCGAUUUCAAAAGAUGUUUUUUGUGAAGGAAAAAGCUCGGCCUUCAAAACAUAGUUUUUUAGUUGGAGAGGGAGGCAUUUUGCAACAUUUUUCGAUACUUCCCGGAUGCAAAAUGGUACGUUUUUUGCCAUUGGAUAAGGUCCGCCACUGUAAUAGAUACACUUUGCGGCUUAAAAAAAGUAUCAAAAUGCAUCCCCUUUUUCCCCUAACCGAUAAAAAAAUGUCCAAAUUUCAGGACCUUAUCCCUCGCAAUUCCAAUCGGAAUCUCCAUCAUCGCCUUUAUUUAUUGUGCUACCAAUUUGUCUUAUUUUGUGGUGCUGACAAUCCCUGAAGUGCUGAAAACGCCAGCUGUGGCGCAAGUAAGUCUUGAUGACAAUUUCAGCACUGAUUUUCAGACCUUUGCCAACCGAACAAUGGGCACAUUCCGAUAUGCGAUGCCAUUUCUCACCAGUCUUAUGCUAAUCGGUAGCUUGAAUAGCACAAUUUUCACGGCGAGCAGGUGAGUCAAGUGAGAAGAAUAAAGCGAAUUCAUAAAUGAAAAAUUGAAAAUAAUGGCUUUUAUUGAUGGAAUAAUGCAUAAAAAGGGAUGCAGUUACUUUAUUGCCGAAUAUAUCAGUCUGUCGGGAAAAUGAUGACCAUUCCGUCGCAUAAAAAAUCACAUAGCGCCAAGAAAAUGAAUUGUGUCGCGACAAAAUCAAAUUUCUUUUCACUUCAGCGACGCCAUUGGGGUGGCGAUGUUGCGCUCAAUAUUUUUCCGACAGACAGAUAAAACAAAAUAAAGAAAGGAAAAAAAUUUUGCCUCCUUUUAUCUCAUUAACGGCAGGAAAAAGUUACUGUAAAAUUUUGGAUGUGUAGUGGAAAUUUUUUCGCAAUUUGUAGCUCCUUAUUGUUAGACAUUGCCAUCAGAACAGGGGACAAAAAAAGUUGAAUUAGCACUUUGUUUCUCAAGCCGUGAAAAGACCGAUUCAAAAGAAGCUUGUACGACUCUUUUAAAAUACGAACUGCCAUGGGGUUAGGCACAAAAAAAUCAUUGUUCCACCCUUUACUCUGCACAAGAAAUACGGGGUGGGCCAUUCGAAACGGGUAACUUUUUUCAUUGAAUUUCUCCGCGGAGACUCCGCCGAUUUCCCCGAAAUUUAGAUUUUUCUAGAGCUGAGAUCCGCCAUUUUCAACCCAUUGAGUUUCAAAAAAAUAUGUUUUGAAUUAACCUUUCUACGCCUUCCCAAAGUUUUGAAGAAUUAUUCUCGAGCCGAAACCGCUAAAACUUAGAAAAAAAAUUCAAAAAAUAGAAAAUUUUUGGAAUGAUUUUGAAAACUUGGUCAAGAGUGGCACACCCUGUACAAUUCCUUUUCAGAUACCUCUACGCCGGCGCUCGCCAAGGCCAUAUGCCUUCAUUUCUGGGAGUUGUUAACGAAGAGCACGACUCUCCUCGCUCCGCCAUCUUUUACCACGUCCUUCUUGCCAUGUUGUUCGCGUUGGUCGGCAAAACCGACACCCUAAUUAACUACCUCGCCUUCGCCAUGUGGGUUCAACGGUCGCUGACAAUGUGCGCCUUACUUUACAUCCGCUAUUACGACGUUAAAGUCCAUCCGGACAGAAUACGAGUCCCGAUUAUAUUGCCGAUCACUUUCUUGAUUAUUUGCGUUACUUUGGUUGUCACAACGAUCGCAGCGGACAUUGGAACAGCCAGUGUUGGACUGGCAUUCUUGUGCGCUGGAUUCGUAUUUUAUAUGGUGUUUUUGUGGGAUGGGGGACUGUCGAGAUUCAAUGGAUACAACAGUGUCUGUGAGACUGUAAAUGGUACGUUGGCAAAGUGAAUUUUUGGAUCAAAGAGCGAAAAGCCCUUUCAAAGUUGAAUGAAACUUUAGACCUACUAUUCUCGCUUCUUUUGACAAAGCGCAAAUGCAAAAGAUUUCAAAAAUUAUAAAAAUUUCAAGGCUAUGUGCAGUGGCGGACCUGACGCAGUGGCAAAAAACAUAGCAUUUUGCAUCCGGGAAGGGUCAAAAAAUGUGGCAAAAUACCUCCUUUCCAAGUGAAAAGAUUCCGAUUUCAAAAGCGCGCCCGCUCUUUUUGUGAGACGAAAAACGCUCCCUUCAAAACGGAGUCUUUUUUAGUUAGAGAGGGAGGUAUUUUGCCACAUUCUUUGAUACUUCUCGGAUGCAAAAUGGAACGUUUUUUUACCACUGGAUCAAGUCCGUCACUAUAUGUUCCAAGUUUUUGCAAAACCAUUCCUCAUACUUUCAUUUACCCCGGUGCUUUAUUUACAGAAAAACUCGCAAUUUGGAAUCAAAUCAUCUUCAAUGGGAUGGUCCAUUUCAAAGUUGACCCAUCCUUGGAAGUGAAGCACCGAUUAAUCUCCGAAUCGCCCAGUGCUACACACAUUGUGCCUCAUUAA